AAUACGACAAAUACGGAGGGUGACACGGCCAAAAAAUGGUAUCGCAGGCAGGACUAUUGUGGACUCCUUCGGACGGUGUAACGUGGUGGCGGGAAAGAGUGAUGUUUUUACCUUAUUUAAGAUGUAAUUAAAUUUGGCUUUGCUGUAGCCCGCCUCAUUUAUCGCUUGGCAGGUGAUAUUAAGUUCGAUGUCAAUAGCCGCCUGGUUGGAUGAUAAGAGGAAGGCCCUUCUUAUUAAAGGUGAAAUUGCCGCAUUGACGUAAUGUUGCAAUUGAUAUGCCAUAGCCGGGAUUAGAGUCACAGGUCUGGGCGAGAUAAAUUUUAUAUCUCGCCCAUCUAAAGUUUACACAGACCUGUGAUCCAGCAUCUCUAUCUCUCCAAUUGGGAAAAUUGCAAAGCAUUGCAACUUCCUUUGCCGAGAAGGAGAUCAACAAAUCCAACAGGAAGUUAAAUUGGCUCCUAGGUUUAUCAGGAAGGCAAUGCAAACAUCCAAACCCAACCCUAUUCUACAAUUAUACAGGUGAGCAAGUUCCAAUCCAGAUCCUCAAAACUAUACAAAGAGGACCUAAGUUUAUUCCUUCGCCAAGUGGUCCAAGCACAUCGGACAUGAUCCCGGCAGCCCUAGAGGCGUUGAAGAAUUGUCAAGCCUCAACCAACUUCCCAAAUAUGGAACUUUCUGUUGUUUCAGCACUUACAUCACAACCGCAAUUCAUGCACACCAGAGGAAAUUAUGUCAAUAGCCAUAAUGUAAGGCGCUACUUAGAAGCAAACAAUCUACGGCUUCUAAUCUCGGAUAAAGAGAAGAAGUUUGUGUUAUGUAAAGAGAAAGAUUUUCUAAACAGGGCUACCGACUUUCUCAACCAUUCCUGUGCAGUACUCUUACAAGCUGAUCCAACUUCUACUGUCCUAAGAAAGGUUAGAAAAAUAAUAUCCCUUCCAACCAUUUUAGCUCUUCCCGGAAGAGUUGAUCCCCCAACCAAUGUGGCUUGUACCAGACUCUUUUUUGAGGUUAAAACACAUAAGGAAGGCUGGCCACUAAGACCAUUAGUUAAUAAAAGGACACACCCUGCCUUCCAUCUCAAAAAAGCCCUAGCCAAGUUAUUAAGUGGGCUCCUGCCUCCCUCCCAUCUGGUUACAUCUUCCUCGAUUGCAGUGAAGACCCACAUAUCCUCUGUACUGGACCACAUUCCGCAAAACGAAUAUACAUACUACAAAUUGGAUGUAGUUGCCCUUUAUCCCUCAGUGCUGCAAUUUGAGGCGGUUAUGCUAGCUAAUGCGAUGUUAAUCAAGAAAGGUUGUACAGCGCAAGAGGUAUUAGAAUUACGUGAGGCUCUACUUUUCAUUUCCGAAAAUAAUUAUUUUCAAUUCAGGGGCCAAAUAUAUCUACAGCAACAGGGAGUCCCGAUGGGUUCACCACUUUCAGCAGUUUUGGCGGAGUUGAUCAUGAGAAACAUAGAGUUCAAGAUGUUUAAAUUUCCCAUUAUGAUAAAAUAUUUGUUUUAAUAUCUUAGAUAUGUUGACGACAUUCUUGUGGCUUGGCAGGACACCCAUGAAAAUUUCCUUGCUUUCAAAGACCACCUUGCGACCACUUAUCCCACUAUUACUUUCACCUGGGAAAAGGAAAAGGAAAAUGAAAUUGCGUUCUUGGACCUAAAAAUUAAUAAAUCCCAAAAUAGCACUACAUACUCCGUAUUCCACAAAUUCAGUGGUGUACCUCCUGUAAUCCCGGCUAUGGCAUAUCAAUUGCAACAUUACGUCAAUGUGGCAAUUUCACCUUUAAUAAGAAGGGCCUUCCUCUUAUCAUCCAACCAGGCGGCUAUUGACACUGAACUUAAUAUUAUCUGCCAAGCGAUAAAUGAGGCGGGCUACAGCAAAGCCAAAUUUAAUUACAUCUUAAAUAAGGUAAAAACAUCACUCUUUCCCGCCACCACGUUACACCGUCCGAAGGAGUCCACAA